UGCUGGGGAUAUGACGCUCGAGGUCUGCUCCCUCUUCAACACCGGGUUUUCGACUUUUUUUAUCUUAUUUUUUUUGUACCACUGUAUUUUGAGGUCACCGUGCAGAGUACCGAAAACAAUGAAUCUUUGAAUGUGGGCUUAGUUCUUUUUCAACGAGUCUCCAAAGACGUGCCACUCCUUUUUGGAGCAUUGUCGGAAGGGCUACUACGACCUAUGUCUGUUCAACCGAAUUCAGAAGGGUUUGUGGGUGCAAUGCGGUGAUCCAACGUCAACAGGGCGAGGAGGUGAGUCAAUCUAUGGGUACGGCUCAGGAGAGCUUCUACAUAAGGUUGAUGCCUAUGAGACAAUACUCAUGUCACGAAUACUCGGAACAUUGUGGUCUCUCUCCUCUGGGUGGUAGACUUCUAAUAGAGCAAUAUCACUGUGCGUCGGGAAUGUCAGUGCAGACCAACUUUUGAGGACGAACUUUCUCAUUUGAAGCACAAUAAGGCUGGCGUGGUAUCUAUGUGCAACAAACGAAAGCCCGAUACCAAUGGCAGCCAAUUUUACAUCACUCUUGGUCCUUGCCCUUGGCUCGAUGGUAUUAGAUUCUUUACUUUCUCAGAGAUGCCCCAUAACAGAUGUGCAGCUUGCGAUGAAGGACCGCAAUUUUAAUCUCUCACCUGACAACACCGUUUUAGGGCUCCACACCAUCUUUGCCCAAGUAGUCAAGGGAUUAGACGUUCUGAGGCGCAUGAACGUCCUGGUCGUAAACAAAUACGAUCGACCUAACAAGCUCACCAAACUCAUACGAACGCUGGUGGUGGAAAGACCGCGGCACUACGAGUGGCGCCCAUAUGCUGAAAGCUAUGGAUGUUUCAAUUUGAAAGGAUCACAUCUUGCGGGGAAAGUGGAACCGGGUAUUUCGGUUCGAAAAAAAAAACUGGAACGAGGCAGCUUCAAAGUUGUAAAACGAGUUUCUGCAGCUUUUGUCAAACCAACCCACCAAGGCGGCUGGGAAGUUUACAGGAAGCGUGCAUUCUAGAGAUCAACCAGAUUUUGGUCAUGUAUAUCUACAUGAAACGGACUCAUUAUUCGCCAUUUAAUCUCUUCGUUAAGCUGUCACUAUAUGCAUCUACAUCCGAUUUCACAGGCAUCAAAAGGAUCACUCAAGCGGUUACUCGAAAAAAUGUUCAACAUUAGUAUACAAGGUACAAGAUCAAUACAAUCCUCAUGCAGAAGGAUUUGAUGGGGUUUAAUGCAUAUCAGGAAGCACCCACAGAAUGCUACUAUCAACACAAUCGAACCGCCAAAAAACUCCUAUCAGUUUCUACAGCGUUGAGCGCUUCGACAAAAAAAAAAUAUGGUCGUUUGUUCUAGAAUGAGGAUUAUAAAAUGAAUUAUUCAUCGUCAAAAGAAUUGGCUAAUGUACAUCUCUACUCAGGCAGAGCCGAGUUAUUGAUUCUCAAUAAUUUAGAAGCGUG